AUGAAGCUCAGAAAACAUAUUAUAAUGGCGGAACAGUUGAAGAAAUAUAUGGAAAAAUUAGAUGAUCUUCCACCUUUUAUUCGCAAAAACGCAGAAGAGAUCCGUGAGCUUGAUGAGAAGGUUGAGAAAAUAAUGCAUGAUAUACAAAUUCGUACAGUCGCACACGUUAAGAAUCUGAAGAAGACUACUAGAGAACAACGAGUGAAGUGGUAUAAAGAAGUCCAGGCAAUGUACAAGGAAGCUGAUAAGCUAAGUGAGAGGAAGGUAAAACUUGCGCAGAAAAUGUACGACACUGUCGACACGCACAUCAAAGAGAUGGAUCAGCAGCUUGUAGAAUUCCAGGAGUUCCAAGUCAAGAAGUACAGCGAAGGACAACUAAAAGCAAGCACUUCUGGUGCAGAGGGUCAGAAGCGAAAAGGAGCUGUAGCCGCUAUAAAAGGGGAUCGAAAAAAGAAACCGAACGAUUCCAAAACUCGGCCGGACAAUCCACCAUUCAUGGAAUCCUUCAAGCCUUCUGCAAUCACUGCAGUUGACAUGCCAGUCGAUCCCAAUGAACCAACCUACUGCAUUUGUCAUCAGGUAUCAUUUGGACAAAUGGUCGCUUGUGACGGGCCUGAUUGUAAGAACGAAUGGUUUCACUUCCAGUGUGUUGGUUUGACGUCAUCACCAGUUGGAAAAUGGUACUGCGAUCAAUGCAAGGAAGCUAGGAAGAAGAAGAUCAAACAGUGAAUGUGAAGAAGAGCCUUGACCUCUUGCAAGAAGCCAUAUCAUCAAACUUUUGUGUACCGCAGUGAACAUCAGGACGACUUAAUUUUUUUUCUUGCUUUAUGAUCUCUAGCCUAUUGAUGUUUUAUCUCUAUCCGGCUUGGAACUUGGAUGCAUGUUCUUAUUGAUCCGUACAAACUGCGUAAAGC